AUGUAUCAGCUUUGGAUCUCAAAACUUGGUAACAUUCUUAUUGGAUUGUACCCAAACCAAAGAGUUGGUGAUGAAUUAAAUUGGACUAAUGAAGAAUAUAUAUCAAAUAAUCCCCAUUGCAAUAAAUCAUGUAAAAGAGACGAAUUAAGAUUUGAUCAAAGAAAGAAACAACUUAGAGAUUUACUUCUUGGUAUGCAUGAUUUAUGGCGUUAUCUUGAGCAUAAUAAUGGAAGUCACAUCCUUCAAUCUGGAUUAUUAGAGGAGAUUCACAGUUAUGUUAAAGACGUUUAUAUAAAUCCAGUUGAAAUAAAAUUGACUAAGGAUCUAGAUAAGAAUAUUAGAUGUCUUACGGAAAGUCUUCGCACAAUGCAAGUAGCUAUUUGGUCUAUUUGUUGUGAAAGGACAGAGUAUAGCAUUGGACCAGAAUUUCACAAAAUACUUGUCGAUGUUCAAAUAGUUAUCUAUGGACUUGAAGCACUCAUUUGUUGUAGUGUUGAAAAUGGUGUAGAUCAUUAUUGGGAGGUAUUAAAUAUGGUAUAA